AGGGGGAGGGGAGGAGGUAGGAGGGGGUGAGGCUCAACAUGAUGGCGGCCGAGGCUGGGGCUGAGGAGGGCGGCUCGGUUACCUGCGCUGGGAUGGUGGGAGCCGUUGGCGGAGCUGAGUCUGAGCACUACCCCACCUUAUGCAGGGGCAAGGAGCUGGGGCCGCAGGCCCCCCUCCUGGUGGGCUCUAGCGGGGACAGCCCGGGCGCCAGCGGUCCGGCUUUGUGCUCGGCGCUGGGGCUCCUGGCACUAGGCUCGGGGCCUGCCCCUCUAGUGUCCGGAGGCGGUGGCGCCGUGACAGCAACUGGCCAGAGGCCGGAGGUGUCCGGAGGGGUGCUGCCCCCACCCGAACCCAGCAGUGUUGCUUUUCCUCCUCCACCGCCGCCACAGCCACCUUCCUUGGCGGGGGGGCUGGGGACCAUGGACGAAGGCGACUCGCUGGAUGGGCCGGAGUAUGAAGAGGAGGAGGUGGCCAUCCCGCUCAGCGCUCCCCCCACGAACCAGUGGUAUCAUGGAAAACUUGACAGAGCAAUUGCAGAAGAACGUCUUCGGCAAGCGGGAAAACCUGGAAGUUACCUUAUUCGAGAGAGUGAUCGGAGACCGGGUUCAUUUGUACUUUCAUUCCUUAGUAAAACAAAUGUCAAUCAUUUUAGGAUUAUUGCCAUGUGUGGAGACUAUUACAUUGGUGGACGUCGCUUUGCUUCACUCUCGGACCUAAUUGGUUACUACAGUCAUGUGUCUUGUUUGCUGAAGGGGGAAAAACUGUUCUUUCCAGUAGCACCUCCAGAGCCUGUGGAGGAUAGAAGGAGAGUUCGAGCAAUUCUACCUUACACCAAAGUGCCAGAAACUGAUGAAAUAAGUUUUCUUAAAGGAGAUAUGUUUAUUGUCCAUAAUGAAUUGGAAGAUGGCUGGAUGUGGGUUACAAACCUACGGACAGAUGAACAGGGUCUUAUUGUUGAAGAUCUGGUAGAAGAAGUGGGAAGAGAAGAAGAUCCACAUGAAGGCAAAAUAUGGUUCCAUGGGAAGAUCUCAAAACAAGAGGCUUACAAUUUGCUGAUGACAGUUGGUCAGGUGUGCAGUUUUCUUGUGAGGCCUUCAGAUAAUACACCUGGUGAUUAUUCACUUUACUUUCGGACCACUGAAAAUAUUCAGCGUUUUAAAAUAUGUCCAACAUCAAGCAAUCAGUUUAUGAUGGGAGGCAGAUAUUAUAAUAGUAUUGCUGAGAUCAUUGAACAUUAUAGAAAAGAACAGAUUGUUGAAGGAUAUUACCUUAAAGAUCCUGUUCCAAUGCAGCAUCAAGAACAAGUGCUUAAUGAUAUAAUGGAUGGAAAAGAAAUCUACAAUACAAUUCGUCGCAAAACAAAGGAUGCUUUUUAUAAAAAUAUUGUCAAAAAAGGAUAUCUUCUGAAAAAAAGUAAAGGAAAGAGAUGGAAAAGCUUGUACUUCAUAUUGGAGGGAAAUGAUGCCCAGCUUAUUUAUUUUGAAAAUGAAAAACGAGCCACAAAACCUAAAGGAUUAAUAGACCUUAGUGUGUGUUCAGUCUAUGGAGUACAUGACAGUUUAUUUGGCAGGCCAAACUGUUUUCAGAUAGUAGUUCAGCACUUCAGUGAAGAGCAUUACAUCUUUUACUUUGCAGGAGAAACUCCAGAACAAGCACAGGACUGGAUGAAGGCUCUGCAGAUGUUUUGCAGUUUAAGAAAAAACAGUCCAGGGACAUCAAAUAAACGUCUGCGUCAGGUCAGCAGUCUUAUUUUGCAUGUAGAAGAAGCUCAUACGCUCCCAGUAAAACAUUUUACUAAUCCGUAUUGUAACAUCUACCUGAACAGUGUCCAGGUAGCAAAAACACAUAUCAGGGAAGGGCAGAACCCUGUGUGGUCAGAAGAAUUUGUCUUUGAUGAUCUUUCAUCUGAUAUUAAUAGAUUUGAGAUAAGUCUUAGUAACAAAACAAAGAAAAGUAAAGAUCCAGAUAUAUUGUUUAUGCGUUGCCAAUUAAGUCGAUUACAGAAAGGACAAGCAACAGAUGAGUGGUUUCAACUCAGUUCCCAUAUACCACUGAAGGGUAUUGAGCCAGGAUCUUUGCGUGUUCGAGCACGAUAUUCUAUGGAGAAGAUCAUGCCAGAAGAGGAAUACAGUGAGUUUAAAGAGCUCAUACUCCAGAAAGAGAUGCAUGUAGUCUAUGCCUUAUCACAUGUUUGUGGACAGGAUAGAACACUGUUGGCUGGCAUUUUAUUGAAGAUUUUUCUUCAUGAAAAGCUUGAGUCACUGUUGUUACGAACACUAAAUGACAGGGAAAUAAGCAUGGAAGAUGAAGCUACUACUUUGUUUCGUGCCACCACUUUAGCAAGUACACUUAUGGAGCAAUAUAUGAAAGCCACAGCAACACGUUUUGUUCACCAUGCACUGAAAGACAGUAUAUUAAAGAUAAUGGAGAGCAAGCAGUCCUGUGAGUUAAACCCCUCAAAAUUAGAAAAAAAUGAAGAUGUAAACACUAAUUUGGCACAUCUACUCAGUAUACUUUCAGAAUUGGUGGAGAAAAUAUUCAUGGCUGCAGAGAUACUGCCUCCGACACUGAGAUAUAUUUAUGGAUGCUUGCAGAAGUCUGUUCAAAACAAAUGGCCAGCUAAUACCACAAUGAGAACAAGAGUUGUUAGUGGCUUUGUUUUUCUUCGACUGAUUUGUCCUGCUAUCCUGAACCCAAGGAUGUUUAAUAUUAUCUCAGGCUUCCCAAUGGUGGGAAGAGAGGCUCAGCCCGUCGACUGGUCCCAGAAGUCAGAGUGGUAUGCGAUGGUAUCUUCCCUAACACCCUCUUUCUCUUCACACAUUUUAUACUAUUUUUUAUCUUUCAGGUGGAUCUUGAGUGACUGUAGUCAUACAUACCUUUAUUAUGAUUGGUGUAAAAUGUCCUCGCUUUACUUUUAAAGGUAUAGACUAGAAAAAUUCAAAGCGCAUGCCCAGUGAGGGGUGGUUGCACCUUAGAGGCAGGUAGCUUUUGGGAUGGAGUUGUGUUUUGGUAUUAUAAUGAUAUUAUAAUGAGCAAAGUUCACCAAAAGGACAGUAUUUUGUCAAAAGCACGACAGACUGUUGCCUCAGGGUAGCAAAUACGCAGCACACCAGCUCCAUGGUACCUCGAGUCCCCAUUUAUCACAGAGCCUGGCCAUGGUGCCUCCACACCGCUCCACCCUCCGGACAAAUCCUCUUAGAGUCAGUACACCAAGUUCUCCUGGCAUUGCUGACAUCUAAGGUUACAAGCCUAGGGUACUUCCGUGGAAUGGAUUUCUCACACGUCAGCUGCACCCUACCCUGAAAGCUUCUUCCAUGCUGUACCUUUUCUAAAAAUAUAAGUUUAAUUUCUAAGUCACCUCCAGUGAUUAUUCCACAGCGGGAAAGGGGGCAGAAAGACACAAGAUCAAAACAUACAGAUAGACAGUGAAGAGUAUAUAGCAUUCUUAUGAAGCACUGUGAAAUUUAGAGUUUAUAUAAUAACCAUGUCAAUUUUGGAACACUUAAAUGGCCUGUAAGUGGAAAGUCAGAUUUGACCAUAACUGUUUAAAAACAAACCAAAAAACCCUAUGCUUAACACUAAUCUCUUAGUCAGUUAAAACACCUUUUUCCAACAAGUGAUUGUACCAGGAGUUUCUAGCAUUUGAUUUGUGCAGUAAAUAGCUAUACUUUCAUGGAAGUACAAGCCACAAUUGCAUGCAAUGUUUAGUCUAUUUUCCUGGUACUCAUAAUUUAAAGUGUAACAAUGCAGGACCUACUUAUAUGGUGUCCUGGUUUCAGCUGGGAUAGAGUCAAAUUUCUUCGUAGUAGCCAGCAUGGGGCUAUGUUUUGGAUUUGUGCUGGAAACAGUGGUGAUAAUGUGGAGGUGUUUUAGCUGUCGCUAUGUAGUGCUUACACUGGUCAAAGACUUUUUCAGCUCCCCGUGCUCUGCCGGGUGCACAAGAAACUGGGAGGGGACACAGCCAGGACAGCUGACCCCAACUGACCAAAGGGAUAUUCCAGACCAUAUGACAUCAUGCUCAGCAUAUAAAGCUGGGGGAAGAAGAAGGAAGGGGGGGAUGUUCAGAGUGAUGGCAUUUGUCUUCCCAAGUAACCGUUACGCGUGAUGGAGCCCUGCUUUCCUGGAGAUGGCUAAACAUCUGCCUGCCCAUGGGAAGUAGUGAAUGAAUUCCUUGUUUUGUUUGGCUUGCGCACAUAGCUUUUGCUUUUCCUUUUAAUUAUAUAAUUACUUUUAUCAUCAGUAUUAUUAUUACUAUUACUCUUUUGCUUUACCUAUUAAACUGUAUCUCAACC